UGACUUAAUAGCUAUCUUUAAGUCCACAAAUCAGGUCAACCCAUUGUCAUACUCCUACUAGAUAAACAAAUCUAUCUGGCAAUAAGCUAGUUGAAACUUUUUUUAAAAUGGUCAUAUGGUUUAAUAACGUUUCAUGUUUCAUGACGUCACUAUAAUAAAUCCUAUACAAAUGGAUCAUUUGACAAAAAUAUUAGUUAACAAUUAGUUCGACGUUAAGUACAUCAAGUCAUAAAAAGAAAUCCUUAAUUUUAUAAUUGAUAUCGAUAUAUUUCGGACUCUUAUUCCAUAUACUAUACGAAAUUAAUAUUGUUCAUAUAUUACUGGGAACUAUGGAGUUUAAUAGAUUUGCAAAAAAUCGUCGAGAUGGCUUAGAUAAUGCUAAAUGGGUAGGUAUAUGAUAGGUUAAAGGCCGCCGAUGACCCGAAAAAUCUCAUGUAAAGUCUUUAAAAAAGACUGAUAAUGCUAUAGGUAUAAGAUAAGAAUAAAAUGAUGAUGAUUAAAUAAUAAAAAAUAAAACAUAGGUACAUACAGCCGAACGUAGAACCUCCUCCUUUUUGGAAGUCGGUUAAAAAGUCCUUUUGCCUAUAAGUAUACAGACAAGCGGAUAUAAUUGAUCUAAUAAAUGUGCCAUAGCAGUAAAUUAUUUACGAACAUGAACAAGACAUUUGUAUGGGGUGUGAAGUGCUUAUUAACUUAACGACAUAUUAGCGCGAAUCUAAACUGUGCGACAGUAUAAUUAACUGUUUUCAAAAUAAACACAUGUACACUCUCGUAAAUAUACAGGUUGUAAUUUUUAUGAGGGUUUAAAGGAGGGUGUAAAUUUCAACGUUUAAGUUUGACUUUGAAAUGGUGGAAGUAUGAAAAAUAAGAAAACUAAGAAAAUUUUUUAAAUUGUGACGUUAGGUAGGUACCUACUACGAGUAAGUAAUCAGAACAAUAUUUUUGCUGUAGCUCGUACUGUAGGUAGUAGGUAUCUACCUAAUAUCUGUAGGUAUACUUCUGUAUAAAGUUUUAUUUUAAAAUUAGUUAAAUUAACUAAGCAUACAGAGAUAGUUUAGAAAAACUCAAAGGUAGACAUUUGGUAAUUCGAAAAGAUUUAUCGGAUCAGAUCAUUGGAUCAGUAGCAUAAUAAGAAAUAGGUACUUAUGACAUGAUACAAGAGAGACAUCCUAUACUAGAGCCUUUCUUGAUGAGUACUGUUUACCAACAAACAAAUUAGAAAUGAAGGUAGAAAACGCAUGUCAUUUCAUAACUUAUUUAUUUUAAAUUCUGUAUGGUUUGCUUAUAAAAUAUUACACAAAAUAUAUUAACCAUAUCUAAUUGUUCUAAACUUAUUUUCAUUAAUUUAAGAACAAAUUAAUUUUAAUUAGUAUAAGGUGUGAAAUGACUGGUGAUUCAUAUCCUCAUUUUUAAUUUGUUUGUUGGUAAACAGUACUCAUCAAGAAAGCUGUAGUAUAGAUGCGAAUUAUGCAUAAGGCAAUUAAGCGUGUGUCUAGGGGCCUAGGGGCGUUUUGUGCUGUGAUAGCAAAAGUAUCAUCACUGAUUUGUGAUGAUACUUUUGACUUCUUUUCUUCUCUUCGAAGAGAAGAAAGUGACUAUAGUAGGUAUAAGUAUAGUGAACUCUACAAUACUUGAACCAGUGUCUUGUGAUUUGUACAUUAAUGCACGUAUUGUUGACUCAAAAGACAUUGGAGAGGGAAUCGAAAAUACCGCUCCAUUUUCGUGCCAUAGCAACGAAAGAUAACGAUAUUUUGCAACGAUUAGUCGAUCAUUAAGUAACUAUUUACCUCUCGUCGCAAGAUAUCUGGUAGCGCGCGCCCGACGCCUAAUGAGAAUAAGUACUGAGACUCGAGGCAAAAACAUAAUUAAAAGGAUCUGCAGAAUUAGUAACAGCCUGUAUGAUGUUGAUAAUCUUACCUAUUUAAUUUCUCAAUAAUUAUUAUGAGGGUAUAAAUUCUAAAACUCUGAUUUAAAAUAUGCUUGUGCUCUUUGUUGUUUUGUCUAGCACUGCAGGUAUAACACAAUUGUUUUUAUUAUGAUGUUUGAAACCUUUGAGGCAUUUCGACCCCAUUUUAAUGCAUUAGCAAGGGUUGGAUAUUUUAAAAUCGUUAGCAAACCUGUGACAGAUAGGAAAUACAAGUUACAUUAUUACUAUCGUGUUUUAAUUUGGAUCUUUGUCGUUACUUACAACGUACAACUCGUAAUUCGGUCUAUUCAGACACUGCACUGCACUGAACAACUGUUGGGGACGUUGUUCAUACUACUGACCACUUUGAAUACACUUGGUAAACAAAUGGCUUUUAAUUUGCGCGUCCGACGGAUCGACAACAUCAUUGAUGUUAUUAAAGGUCCAGCUUUCGCAUCCUAUAAUUCAUUUCAUGAGGAGAUAGCAAGAUCUAAUGCUGUGUCGAUGACUCGCCUUCUUAAACUAUAUCAUACAGCUGCAAUCAUUUGCGGUAUUCUAUUUACUUUCUUCCCGCUGAUAAAUAAAUUUUUGGGUCAAGAAGCGCUUGUUCCUGGAUACUUUCCUUUCGAUACUAGUGAAGCGCCAAUAUUUCAUUUAGUAGCUCUGUACAUGGGAGUAAAUAUUUCCCUGCAAGCAUACGGUCACGUCACCAUGGACUGCACGAUCGUGGGAUUUUUCGCGCAAGCCAAAACUCAGUUGCAAAUCUUUAGAUAUAACAUGGAACAUUUACUCGACGAGUUUCAGUUUGAGGCGAUACCAGAAGAUCGUUUUUAUUUUAUAGACGAAAAAGAAAGUUGUAAGCGACCGUUGCAAAAGAAAUUCGUGAGCUGCAUGGAUCAUUAUGACCGUGUUGUUUGGUUCGCAAAGGAAGUUGAGUCUAUUUUCGGUGAAGCGAUGAUCGUACAAUUUUUCGUCAUGGUAUGGGUGAUAUGCAUGACCACAUAUAAAAUUGUUGGGCUUUCAUUAAUGUCAGCGGAGUUUGUCUCUAUCGUUCUGUACCUUGGGUGCAUGUUGGCACAGUUAUUUAUCUACUGCUAUUACGGAACACACCUUAAAGUUGAGAGUGAACUAGUGAACGACUCCAUAUACCAGUCGGACUGGCAGUCCCUGUCGCCUGCAUUCCGUCGGCAACUGUUUGUGCUGAUGGAGAGAUGCAAGCGAACGGUCGAGCCCCGCACCGCCUACAUCAUCCCAAUGUCAUUGGACACCUACAUUUCUGUCUUGAGAUCAUCUUACGCACUGUUUACAAUUUUGGAUAGAAAAUAA